AUGGAGCACAAUGAAGCAACACACCAAAUAGAAGCCCCGGAACCAGGAUCUCAACAUGAGAAAACCACCGAAACACCCCAAGAUUGGCGAUGCAUGCCACGAGGGUUCCAGAGAGACACAGAACCAGGCGAAAUUAUCAAUGAGUUCCAGAAUGAUCUGUCCGAGCAUAAUCCAGGUUUGCAACUGCAUGAAGGUCGGAUGAUUGCGCAACAGCAACGUUUUGAGCAGAAGCUCGUGGUUAGUCUGACGGAUCUGGAACUCGUCAGCCUCCCCUUUGAUAUACCCUGCAGUGGCAGCGAAACGGUCAAUGCCUGCGAUGCCGUUGAGAAAUGUCUGGCAGAAGCGGACAGGAUCCCGAGGGACAAUGUCGCUCACAUGUUACACCCAGAGGAUGAAAUUCCUGAUGGAAAGAAGAGAACUUAUUUCAUGUUUAGAACAUUAUACGAGACUCAGAGAGACGUGCUCGACUCCGAUUUGAAACCGAUUAUCGAGGGUAUUAAGAAAGCUCUGGACAAGAAGGAAGAAGGUCGAAAAAUGGUUCUUCCGAUUAAGUGGAAAGAUUGUUAUGUGUUCACGGAGGGAAGGAUUGAUAAUAUAAAGGAAUGGAACAGGUCGCCUAGCAACAUCAAUGCUGUAUCGUUGGAUUCCUGGUGA